AUGGGAUUUGCUCACAAUCCAGUCUCCGUGCAAGCCGUGGGUUGGGCAGAGGAUCAAGGCCGACGCCCAGAGAUGGAAGAUGGCUUUGUGUUUGUGGACCAGUUUGGUGGCAGCAAGCGCAGUGCCUUCUUCGCGGUCUAUGAUGGGCAUGGUGGGCGGCCAGUGGUCGACUUUGUCACACGGGAGCUACACGAAAACUUGCACAAGGAACUGCGAAGAACUGGCUCUCCAGCAGAUGCUUUGCUUCAGGCUUUCCGGCUGACGGAUGAAGACAUGCUCCGCAGGAGCAUCACAUCUUCUGGCUGCACGGCAUGCUGCUGUUUACUGCAGGAUGAAGCCAGGGGGCGAGUGAUCUACACCGCACACUUGGGUGACAGUCGAGCGGUUCUGGCGCGGAGUGGCAGCGCUACACGCAUGACGUCCAUGACCGACCACAAGGCGACAGAUCCUCUGGAAGCCAAGCGCGUCAUCGAAGCAGGUGGGCACAUCAUCAAUGAUCGUGUGAACGGCAUGUUAGCCAUGACACGGGCACUUGGUGAUCACAUGCUCAAGAUGCCGAUGCUGCCAAAUGAUGUGGUGAGUAACGUGCCGGACAUCACUUCUACGGAUGUCACCAAGCAGGUUUUCGGUUCCCGUGUCAAAAUGGUUUGCUGGGCCAGGCAUUCCACGAAACCGGGCUGUCGGUCACGUUCCCGGCACUUGGUGUCGGCCGAGGAGCCACGGCUGUUGGCCCGGACGGAGGAUUUGGCCUUGACCUGGAAACCCCAAGGAUGGAGCGAUGGCGGAAGAUCUUCUGAUUCGAAGGAUUUUCUGGCAUGGGCAAAAAGGGCCAUCUGGAGGAAUGAAAAUGAGCUGUUUCCGCUCUUCAGAUUGGGAAGAGCAAGCUGUGGAGUCAGUCUCGUGGCCGGCUCCAGCGAUGCUAGAGAUGUCGCAAGGCAAAUGCAGGCUGAAGGACUUCUGGUGAUGAGUUGUGCUUUGCUGGUGGCUGGCAGACCACCUGGGCUCUCCGGUGCGAUCUCAUUGGAGGUGCUUCGAUCCUCGCGGGGGCUGCGACAUGGACAGCUCAGCUUGGUCAGAGCGAGGGUGACGUCUGACAACAGCAGCAUGGGCCUCUUGAAACUGCGGGCUUUGCUCAGAGAACUGGGGCAUCCACCGAGAGGUCCUGGUGGUGGAAAGGCCUGGAACUCUCAGCUCACCAUCGACGGCCUCACGCUGCCAGGGCUUCGGGCGUCGGUGCCAGUGGAGCACCUGGAGCACUUGCAGAAGUUCAUGGAGGUGGACGCCUUGCGGCUGGAGAGGUACCAUGGCCCGGUGACUUCCAAGAGCCUCUUCGAUGCACACGGCAAUGGCUGGAUGAUCUUUGAGGGAUUGCGCUUGAAGCUGCGCUCCGAUGUCUUUGUGCCUCGAGGAGAAAGUCGACAUUUGGUCCAUGCGGCCACCAGAGUCAUAGAGCAACACUUUGUCAUCAGCGCUGAUCUUCGCCUGCUGGAUGUAACCAUUGGUGUGGGAAAUGGACUGUUGCCACUGCUGAAGAGGUAUCCAUUGGCCGAGGGUUGGGGCAUUGACAUCAACCCCACUGCCGUGCGAUUAGCCGACGAGAACGCCAAGCUGAACGACCUAGCGGACCGUUGCUCCAUGGAAGUGAAAGACUUGAAAAAUUGGACUUUGUCGAGGACGGUUGACACUGGAGGGAAUCUCACCAACCUCUACGAUUUGGUCAUUGCCAAUCCUCCGUACUCCUCCAGCAGAGCAGAACGUAUGAAGAGCUAUCAGCGAGACAUGGAUGCCGAAUCGUCCAGUGGUAGUCAGUCGAUUUUGGUUUCCAUUGCUCAGCUGGCCCUUUCAGCCUUAGCGCCAUCUGGACGGCUUGUGCUCCAAGUUCCUCGUGAAGAGACCACGAUCAUUGCUUGCAUUUUUCGCUUGCAUGGAGAGUUUGUCCUUGAAUCGAAGACAACGAACACGUUGACGCUCGCUUUGGGAGAGAAACCAGUACGAGUGUUGGCAUGA